AUGGGACAGCGGAACGGCCUCGUGACAGUGACGAGGGAUAAACAAGCACUGGAUCAUUCGUACUGCAGGCGAAUCAGAAAGAAACUGACGGAAAACAACACCCCCCACACCAUAGUGAGCCUGCUACAAUGGCGACGGGAACAGACCCGACAACACGAUUACGAUUCGACCUCUUCACUGAGCAUGUCGACAACACACACAGUGAGCCUGCUACAAUGGCAGCAAACGUACGAUCUCUUCACUGAGCACGUCGACAACACACAUAGUGAGCCUGCUACCAAAUGGCAUUCAACACAUUCGAUUCUUCCCAGCCUCCUACCUCCCUAUCAGACCCUACGAAUCGACGAGUGCAUGAGUUUACGGAAGUGGUCUAUGUCAGUCAGGUCAUUGGCUGCUGAGUACUCGCUAUGGCAGCUUAGGACGGGUACAUGGGACUGGCAGCUUAGGACGGGUAGGCCUACGGGGUACUGGCAGUCGAAGCGGGUACGUGGGACCGGCAGUCGAAGCGGUAGGCUUACAAGGCGGAUGGAUGCAAUGGAUAGCACUACGAAGCAAGAUGGCUACGAGUUGAGGCAAAGGAGAUGGAAUGGAACGGAGGAUGGAUUUUUGAUGGCAAGAGCAUGGGAGACACAGGGCAAAUCUACAGUGAAGCUCCCAGGCCAGGCUGCCAGUAGGUGUUGA